AUAAACUCCUUAUAAAACAUAGGAGUAGCCUAUUGAAAAGUGAAAAUAAAAAACGUAUGGACCAAAUAAAUAGCUUAAGAAUAAGUAGAAAUAAUGUGGAAAAGUAAUACAUGUAUGGAUAAACAGUAAUAACCCAUGGACGAAAAAUAAUAACUUAGGAUGACUUAGUAUUAACCUUGUGGACAUUAUGGUGCUGUCAGUUGAAAAGCUACAUGUACUUUGCAGGAGGAUUUUCACCUAGGGUGUUAAAAUAUUAGAGUGUUUAAUCUGUUUUAUGACUAAUGAACAUAUCUCAGUUGGUUUUAGUUUGUGGUGGUUAUCAUGCAAAUAAGCUAUUGAGGCAAAAGAGUCAAUGCAAAGAAAUCACUGUUAUAGUUAUAGAGUAUAUUACUCAAGGGGAGGAGGUCAAUACCUAUGGCUAGAUGAAAAAACAAACAUUCUUGGAAAGAACAAGAGUGUGUGAUCGUGAUUUACAACAUAUCAGAUCACAAAAACUAGGACAUGAAAGCCUGAAAGCAGCAUCUAUGAAAAACAUACCAAGAUUUUGUCAAUCGAUUUAUCUAAUUUAUACAAGACGAUACAAAGACAUAGAUUUAUCAAAAUGAUCUUGACAUAAGAAAAAAGAGAGGAUUACUAGAAUACAGGUGCAAAUAAACAUCAUUGAAUAUUCACAUUAAUCAUACAUUAUACAAGGGUUUUAUCUACGAAUACAGAAGUUAUUAAUAUAGCCUGAUUGAUAGAUACAACUAUACGUAAGCAAUAAUAGGAUCAAGCAAUAAGGAGGAUGGCGAUAAAUAAACGUGUGUGCAGACUUUCAUGUUAUACAAUAUUGAUACUAAUGUUAUUAUGGAGCUUCUUCUAUGCUGGUUCAGUCAUACAGUGGACCCCAACCAAGCAACCAAAAGUAACCCAGCCACAAACAUAUAACACCCCUAACAUCCAUCACCUAUUUGCAAACAAAAGUGCAUCAGAUAUCAUUCAGAGCUACUUCAUUAACAAGCUACUGAAGGACAGUGAUCAAAGUAAAAUGUCCGCAGCUAAUAAACUUCUAAAGCAAUUAUUUGAACUGGUGUCUGAGAAUAACAAUGGUACAGAUGUUGAUAUUACAGAUGACCUGGUUCAUAUACAAGGCACUGGACAGCUGCUUGAUAAACAGCAUGCAGAAUCUGACAAGGCCGGUGAAGCUAUAGAUACUCUUCAAGCUGAUGUUAAGGAUCAUAAGAAUGAAAAGGCAACCAAGAUCAGGGUCGGUAUCAUUGUCUAUAUGCCCUAUAGAAGUGAUCAGCUUUAUGAAAUGGAAUUCUUAUCAUAUAUGCACCCAUCAUGGAAGUAUGUCACUACUCAUAAGACUCUCAAACAAUUUAUCACGCUACCCGAAGCAUCAAACGUCCCUGAUAUGACCCUUGACCUAAUAACCUAUUGCCAUCCAAAGUCGUGCUGCACUGCACAGAAAGCCAACUGCAAACUUUGGACUAAGGUCACACUUGAUACUGACCAAUCAGAUUGCUACUACCAUCCAGAUGAUGGCUUCCCUGAAGCUGCUGAAUACCACUACUAUAACACGUUUGCAUUUCUACGUGAUGACAAUUUCAUGAGUCGAGCUAAGAAGUAUGAUUGGUUGAUCCGGUCAGAUCUUGAUGUAUUCAUUGGGCCUGCUGUUCUGGGAUGGCUUCCUAAAUAUGAAUUUAUGUCAGGGGGUGGGGGGUAUGCAUCAGAGUUCAACCGUAAACGUAUUCCUGAAGUCGCUGCACGUUUAAAUUUAACGCAUCAUGGCAUAACUAACGUGGGGAGCACCUGGUAUGGAAAGCCAGAUAUAUUCAUGAAGAUUAGCCAACUAACAUUAAAAUACACUAAACAUUUCUACAAAAAUGAGUUUAACAAAACCUUAGAUGGAAUACAGCAUAUCAUGAACAAAUCAUCAGUUGGCGAAUGGCCUACCUGGUGGAGACCUGUUUCGUUACUUUAUGGCGGAGAAGUUGCAAUAAAUCACGCUGUCCCCGACUUUGACAUAUCCCGUAUAGCGGACAAAAAAUUAGAUUACCCUAGCAGCAGUAAAUUAAACAUCCUCUCUUACCCACAUCUCCAUUGUUGGCAUGGAGACGAAGAAUUCCAAAAAUUUAGAUUCACAACUAAGUUACGUGCACUUAUUAAUGGUGGAACAGACAAUAGGACGACGAUUUAUAAGAGCGACCAAGAUGUAAAAAAUAUGACAGUGCGGGAUUAUUGUACAUUUAUUGCGUGGAAUGCAGUGGCAAAUAAUAACAUUAUUGAGCACUUACAGAAACCAGCUGAUCACUGCUCUUAAAAAUUGUAUUUUUAAUUGGAGGAAAAUGUUAAAUUUUUAAAUGGAGCCAAAUGACUUGAUUCAGUUUUUAUAUUGUAAAUUUGUUAAUAUUUUUCUGCAUGGAUACAUAUGCAUGUAUGUAGGAUAACAUUAGAUUAUACCAAUUUAGUUCAAGAACAAAUAGACAUCUUUUUAUAAAUCAAGACCUACUCAAUCUUUUGCAUCAUAAUUAAGCCAUAAAAUGUACAAAGGUUCACGUAGGUUAUCGCAAACAAUUU